AUGGCUCCCACGGCUAUCUCUACUAGCCCUCCACCAACCGACCGGGUUUCCUCAAGCCUUGCCAGCUACAGAGGGUAUGACCAUGUCCACUGGUACGUAGGCAACGCAAAGCAAGCUGCCUCGUACUACAUUACCCGCAUGGGCUUCAAGCGCAUCGCCUACCGCGGUCUCGAGACAGGAUGCCGCAGCGUCUGCUCCCACGUCAUUCGCAACGGCGACAUCACCUUCAUCCUCUCUUCGCCGCUCCGGUCUCUGGAUCAGAUCGACCGCUUUUCACCUGAAGAGCAGGAACUACUCAAGGAGAUCCAUGCUCAUCUCGAGAAGCACGGUGACGGUGUCAAGGACGUUGCCUUCGAGGUCGACUCGGUGGAUUCCGUCUUCUAUGCUGCGACGAACAACGGUGCCAAGGUUGUUUCUCACCCUCGGACCCUCGAAGAUGCCGACGGCCAUGUGCGAGUGGCGACUAUCCAGACUUAUGGCGAGACCACGCACACUUUGCUGGAGAGGGGCUCGUACCACGGUACAUUUCUGCCAGGAUAUCGCUUGGAAACCGGGGCAGAGGACCCGAUCUCUCAGCUGCUGCCUGGUGUGCACUUGAAUCGGAUUGACCACUGCGUCGGAAACCAAGAUUGGGAUGAAAUGGACAAAGUUUGCGAAUACUACGAGAAGGCUCUCGGUUUCCAUCGUUUCUGGUCUGUUGACGACAAGCAAAUCUGCACAGAAUACUCCGCUCUCAAGAGUAUUGUGAUGGCUUCGCCGAACGAGGUGGUGAAGAUGCCCAUCAACGAACCGGCCAAGGGCAAGAAGCAGUCCCAGAUCGAAGAAUACGUCGACUUCUACAACGGCGCAGGUGUUCAACACAUUGCUCUUCUCACGGACGAUAUCAUCCGAGACAUCACGAACCUCAAGGCUCGUGGUGUUGAAUUCAUCAAAGUUCCAGACACAUACUAUGAAGACAUAAAGGUGCGGCUGAAGAAAGCUGGCCUGACUCUCCACGAGGACUUUGAGACAAUUCGCAGCCUGGACAUCCUCAUUGACUUUGAUGAGGGCGGAUACCUGCUACAGCUGUUUACCAAGCACUUGAUGGAUCGUCCCACCGUCUUCAUUGAAAUCAUCCAGAGACACAACUUCUCCGGCUUUGGUGCUGGAAACUUCAAAUCGCUCUUUGAGGCCAUUGAACGGGAGCAAGCCCUCCGUGGCAACCUUGUAUAG